UUUUUUCCUACUUUCUCUCUCUUGGUCUCUCCUCCUUCUGGGCUCUCUUCAUCCAUCUGGCUGGGUCUGCCUCCUCAGACACUUCAACUGUGCCACGCACUCCUUUCUCCACAUCUCUCGCUCCUUUUUUCCUUGUCUUCCCUCUCCGUCCAUCUCUCCGUUUCUCUCUCACUCCGUCUGUCUCUGUUUCACUGUCUGUCCUCACACGGCCAGUGGUCAGCUGGGCUCUGGUUGGGGGGAAGUGCGUGUGUGGGGGGGUGUUUGGUUUCUUCCACAAUGGAAACUCAAUCAGGAAACAGAACAGAGGAGUUGAAAGGAGCAGGACACACGCGGGCCGCUGACGCCAAAGAGGACCUGCAGGAGAACAGGCACAUCGAAAGGUUCGACAUACCACUGACUAGCCUCAAGAACAUGUUUGAGAAACCUCCCGCACACAGCACGGAAGUGAAGGGUUCACCCUCCUCUGCUAGGAGAGUUAUGGAUCAAAAGAGCAAAGAAGCUUCUAGAAAAGAGGUGUCCAAUCAGAGUGAAGAUAUGAGCAUCUCUGCAGACAGUGCAGGUGUUUCAAGGGACGCGCGGGGAGAUACACACGCUGAAGGUGAACUUGAGACUGUUCCUCUCAAACAGCGACUGGCCUUGUACCAGGCUGCCAUCAGCAAGGAGGAGAGAAGCUCUGCUAGUGUGGUCAUGGAGGACUCUGAGGCCUGCUCUUUGCCAGGUGGUCUGGCCAGUGUGAAGAAGCAGUUUGAGAGUCAGAAAGUCAGCUCCUCUUCCAGCUCUCAGAGCACCGUCACACAGUACCACUUCCAGCAAAGACAGGAGGUGGUGAGCUCAUCUGAAAUGAGUAUGAGAAGCAGCAUGAGAGAAAGCCAUGACAUGCAGGUUUCACAGGAUCAGAAAAUUCAACAGAACAUAGCAUCCAGCUUUGGGAACCACUUUGAUGAAAAAGUGGUGGUGAUCGGAGGUCAGGAGCUGCCUAAGGUCUCCGCCCAAGCUCUGAAACAACAGCAUGAAAAAAGCAUAGAAGAAGCCACUCCAAGCAAGCACAUCAAGAUUGAUCUUGAUUACAACCAGUUUCAGUGGGCCCCGGUUAACAUGUCAUCAAAGAUUGCAACAGAAGGUAGUUAUGAGUCUGUUACCAAAACUAUGAAGGAGACCUCCUCUACCUCCUCUGCCUCUGCAGCUGCCCACUAUGGAAGCAUUGAGCAAUUCCCCCCACCACCAUCCACCACCGACCUCCUUCAGGUGCCUGCAGAGGUCCCAAUAAGUUGUCCCUCUCCCCAGCUUCUUGAUCAAGGUGCUCCCCAAAAACACCAUGUCAGCAAGGAGCAGUACUCCAAGCAGAGGAACCUCUAUGAGUUGAAACGCCUGUACAAGCACAUUCAUCCAGAGGUACGCAAAAACUUGGAGCGAGACUUCAUCACUGAAAUGGAGCAUUCUCACAUGGACAGUGAUGAGGAAGUGAGUGGUGAUGUGCAGCAAGCACGGUACGUCUUCGAGAACAACGGCAGCAGUCCUGGGAAGUGUAUGAGCCCAGAAAGAGAGUAUCUGGAAUGGGAUGAGAUUCUGAAAGGUGAGGUGCAGUCUAUGCGCUGGAUGUUCGAGAAUAAACCACUGGAUGCCAUUAAAGAUGAUACGCCAGAUGAGAGUGAAAGCAGGAACAUCGCCCAGCAGGAAAUCAUUGCUGGGAAAGAUGUAAAAUACACAACUUGGAUGUUUGAAACACAGCCUAUCGAUGCUCUAGGUACAGAAACACCUGACUCAGUGGAGCACAGUGGGAAACUAACAGAUCUAGCCAGAGGUGAUGUCAGAACUGCAACCUGGCUGUUUGAGACACAGCCACUAGACUCCAUGAAUAAGAUCUACCAAGAAGAUGACCAAGAGGAGCAUGUGGUGUAUACAAAAGACAUCACAGGAGGAGAUGUUAAAACUGCCAGAUACUUGUUUGAAACUCAGCAUCUCGACUCUCUUGGGCACACUGAGACUAUUGAUGAAUCACACUUCCUACAGCUAAAGUCGGAGCUUGAAGAGGUGAAAGGGGAAGUCAAAACUACAACCAGAAUGUUUGAGACCCAACCUAUGUGUGUCAUUAGAGGAGACUCUGGUGAAAUGCUGCAGAUUACGACUGUCCGACGUGAGGAGACUGAGAAAGGUGAUGUGAAAACGUCACGUUGGCUCUUUGAAACCCAACCACUGGAUAUGAUCAAUAAAGACCCUACUAAAGUUAAGCUAAUCUGUGGCGUCUCCAUUGAGGAGAACUAUCAAGGUGGUGUGAAUCGGGGCAGGUGGCUUUUCGAGACAAAAACGCUGGAUCAAAUCAAAGAUGAGGAAUGGGAGAGUACCAAAACCCAAAAAGAGGAGAUCAUAGGAGCUGAUGUUCGGAGGCACUGCAUGGUCUUUGAGACACAGCCUAUGGAUAUUCUAAAAGACAACGCCAAUGCCAGGCCACUGGAACCAGAGGAUAUCUUAGGAGGUGACGUAACUUCCACCAGGCAUCUCUUUGAGACAGUGCCAAUGGAAAAUCUGAAGGAGCUGCCCGAAGUUGGAAAACUGCAAAAGGUUGUUGCCUCAGAAGAGGAGAAGGGGGAUGUGAGACAUCAGAGGUGGUUAUUUGAGAGUAAACCGCUGGAGCAAAUCAGAGAGGAGAAAAAAGAGAUCACUCGCACAGUUAAGCUACAAGAGCUGGACAAGGGUGACGUCACCAACUAUAAGGAGAUAUUUGAGACCAUGGAUCUGAGCAAGUGCACAGAUAAACAGAAAAUAGCAGUAGAAGGUGUGACAAGUGGGUCGGUGAAAUCAAACAAAGUGCUUUUUGAGUCCACACCCUUGUAUGCCAUACAGGACAGCUCAGGGCAUUACCAUGAGGUCAAAACUGUGCAUCGUGAAGAAAUUGUGAAGGGUGAUGUGCGAAGCUGCAAAUGGAUGUUCGAAACCCGGCCAAUCGAUCAGUUUGACGAAAGCAAUAACAAGUUUCAGAUCAUAAAGGGCAUUUCUAAACAGGAGAUUGAAGCAGGUGAUGUGAAAACAGCAAAGUGGCUGUUUGAAACUCAGCCUCUUGAUGGGAUCAAGUAUUUCAGCAACAUGGAGGAAGAAGACAACAGGAAAAAUGAGACUAUUGAGAUCCAGAAGGGUGAUGUCAAGACAUGCAGGUGGUUGUUUGAGACUCAGCCAAUGGACGUGCUGUAUGAAAAAGCAGAGGUAAAGUCAGAGGACACCGCAGAGGUACAGAAAGGUGAUGUUAAAACAUGCACAUGGCUUUUUGAGACACAGACGCUUGACAGUAUCAAAGACGAGUCAGAGACUGUCUUGAAAACCUGCACAGUGAAGCAAGAGGACGUGCAAGGUAAAGAUGUACGUCUGGCCCGCUUCCUUUUUGAGACUGAGAACCUGGAGAAUAUCACCGGGGGUGAGGAGCAUGGUAACUUUAAGAGACUCACGCAGAUUGAUAUUGAGUCUGGAGAUGUAUCGAGGAUGAAGUAUGUUUUUGAGAACCAGUCAUCUGACAUUAUAACCUCCUCUUCUGAGGAGACCAUGAAGAAACUGAAGUCUCGUCAGGCUGAGGACAUCCAGAAAGGAAAUGUUGUCAGCUGCACCUGGAUGUUUGAAAAUCAGCCAAUUGAUACCAUCAAGGAGAAUGCUGAGGAAUCUAAGGUGCGCACAGUGACAGAUGUUCAAGGAGGCAAUGUUGACAAAGGCCGAUUCAUCUUUGAGACAUUUUCCUUGGAUAAGAUUCAGGAAGACUCUUCUAAGACAGAGAUUAAUAAGCUUCAAAGCAUCAUACGGGAGGAGAUUGAAAAAGGAGAUGUGAAAAACUACACCAUGAUGUUUGAGACACAACCACUAUAUGCUAUUCAGGACAAGGAGGGACACUUUCAUGAAGUUACUACUGUCACCAAGGAAGAAAUUCUGAGAGGUGAUGUGAUUGGGGCAAGAUGGCUGUUUGAGACAAAGCCGUUGGACUCAAUAAGAGACACGGAUGAAGUUUAUGUCAUCAAAGCAGUUACACAGGAAGAUAUACAGAAAGGUGAUGUCAGCACAGCCAGGUGGAGGUUUGAAACGCAACCGCUUGAUGAAAUUGCUGAGGAUAUGAAAGUCACCAUCAAGACAGUUGCAGAUAUCCAGGGUGGAGAUGUCAAAACAAACAAGCAGCGCUUUGAAAGUGAUGAGAUGUCUGAGAAGUACGUGAGAACCGUUAGUGUUAGUGAGAUCCAAAAGGGCGAUGUGAGAAGUGCUACGUGGAUGUUUGAAACUCAUACAAUUGAUAAGAUCCGUGGAGAGGGGUCAGAAUACAAUGAAAUGGAGAAAGUAACACGAGAGGAAGUGGUGAAGGGUGAUGUUAAGCAGUCAGUGUGGCUCUUUGAAAAAGAACCUCUUGAUCGUAUCAAGGACACUGAUGGGUCAGAAACUGUGGUUUCUCGUGAGGAAAUUCCCAAAGCUGAUGUGAAGACGACAACAUGGCUCUUUGAAACCACGCCACUGACUGACUUUAACGAGACCAGUGUGGAGAAGACAGAGAUCAUUGGCAAGAGCAUCAAGGAGACAUUGGAGGAGCUUUACAGUCAGAAAAUGGUUGACUCCCAGGGCAUUCUUAUAGAAGCAAAUGAGAUUGGUGAUGUUAGGAUGGCCAAGUACAAACUACUGAAUCAGAAGAAUCCAGAGAUUCAGAGAGAGGAGGUUAUUCGAGGAGACCUGAAUAGCAUCAUGAUGAACCUGCUCAACAGGCGUGAGACAACAGAGAGGGGGAUCACCAUUGAUGCAGAGGAGAGGGGGAAUAUCAACACAACUGUCCAACAGCUUUUUAGUCAGGAUAGGGGUGUUAAUGUAGAGAAAGAAGAAAUCAUCAGAGGAGACAUACAAGAAGCCAUCAACAACCUGCUGAAGAAGGAAGGGUCUGCUAAACAUGGCAUUUUAAUUCAAGAAGAUGAGAAAGGAGAUGUGAGGAUGACUAUAUACUCACUCCUGAACAAAGAAGAAGGAAGCAGCCUUGUGAAAGAGGAUAUUAUCAAAGGAAAUGUCCGUGGGACUCUACAUAUGCUGUUGUCCAAUUCUGAUGUGAAAGGCUCUAAAAUACAGGUCGGUGAUUCAGAGAGAGGCAAUGUGAGUUUCUAUUCGACUUGUAUUGAGUCUGGAGCACUGGACUACCUCAAACAACUUCAGUUAGGAUCAGAUGAGACCUAUGAGGAGAAGGUCAAAGAAGAGAUUAUUGGAGGUGAUGUGGAGCACACAAAAAUGAUCCUGAGGAACAAUCAGCAGGCCAUUGGACGAACCGUGGCAGAAGAUGAUAUCGUUCCUGGGGACGUUCACAACACUGUGCAGGUGUUUAUGAUGGAACCAGUGCACUCUUUACACAAUCUGCAGAAAGAGGAGAUUGUAAAGGGAGACCUGAGAGCAGCUCUUGACUCACUAUCACAAGCAGUGAACGAGCGCAAAGUUGUUGAGAAAGAGGAGGUGGUCAAAGGUGACAUCAACACCACGCUCAAGUCUCUGAAAGAGGCCCAGAACCAACUCAAAGAACUAGAGAAGCCUGAGAUCAUUCCUGGGGACAUCAGAGGAGCUCUAGAAUCCCUUGAGAAAUCAACAACUGCUAAGACUGAAAUUAUCAUUGAAGACUUAGUCCCAGGUGACAUCAGGGGCACUUUAAGAUGCCUGGAGGAGGCAAAACAGGCAGUGAAAGAGGUAGAGAAAGAGGAAAUUGUUAAAGGUGACAUCCACACCACUUUACUAAGUUUACAGGAGGCAUCAACUGAGAAGAAAACCUUCCAGCAUCAAGUGAGCGAACAGGGUGAUGUAAAGGGCACCAUUCAGCUCUUACUAGAACCUGCCUCGUCCUCUCAUAUGCAGAGACGAGCAAGCACAGAGGGUGACAUAAAAUCGUCAAUUAAGUCUCUUUAUGAACAGGAACAAACCCAAAUAGAGAAGGAGGAGGUGGUCAAGGGAGAUGUCAAAGGAACCAUCAAAUGCCUUAUGAAGAAGAAAGAACAGUCAGGUCAGAAGUCAAAAAUGAAUCCCUCCAGAAAAGGUAAAGCUCCAAUAAAUAAUCCAGUGCCUCCUCAGCAAGAGCCUGGUGAAUGCCCUACAAGACCCAAGGCUGAUUCCAAGUCUGCAAAUACACUCAUUUCAAAAAACAUAUCUCAGAGUACUGAAUCACAUACAGGCACACAAAAACAAACAGAAGUCAAAUUUGAUGAAAGCCAGACCUCUGCUCAAGAGCAACAAUCUACAACCAAGCAUAUAACGACAGUGAGCGAGUCUGGGUCCUCCCAAGUUUCACAGAAGAUGAACAUAAAAGACGUAAAGCAGAAGCAAAACAUCUCUAAUCCUGUGACUAUAAAGAAAAAGAAUAUUGGAAAGCAAAUGACUGAGAAAAUAGGUGAAAGUGUCGCUUUGUCCUCUGGAGAGAGUAAAACAAAAGACACUAAACAAACAGCCGAAAUCAUGAAACAAACACAGGAAAUGAAGACGAUCACACAGGUUCAAACUGAGGUGACAACAGUGAACACGACCAUUACACAAGAGCACAGUGUAAAAAAUGUGAAGUCAGAACAAAAUGUUAAGAGUCUGAAAACCGAACAAAAUGUUAAGAGUCUGAACAGGAACCUUAAUCCAAAAGGAAUGAUCAAAAAGAAGCCCCAGCCAGAAAUUCACUUCCCUCCUCCUCCAAACUUUCCACCACCACCCUCUGAGUCUGAGCUCUCACUUCCUCCACCUCCAUCUCCAGUGACAGAGACUGAUAUCCCUCUUCGUCCUCUCUUGGCAAUGAGGCAGGAUAGUGAUCUUCCUCCUCCACCACCACCACCUCCACCAACCAGUGAGGCAGAAGGUGAAUUCUUUCCCCCACCUCCUCAGGACUUGCUUCCUCCUCCACCAUCCCAACAGGAACUCAGCUCUGUGACCCAGCCAAGUCCUGGAAAGCCAAAGGGCCGUCCUCUGUUCAAAGUGCCUAAGACUGAGCCUCCAAAGCAACAAGAACCACCCAAAUUUAAGUGGCAGAAAAAGCAAGCCACUCCUGCUCCCCCACCACCACCACCGUCUGUGGCUGAUCAGAAGGAAACAGUAACAACACAUGUUACAACAGUCACUGAAACCAAAGGGAUGGAGAAAAAGCAUGAGGAAAGUCUGAAGUCACUUCAAAUGCCGCCUCCACCAGCCACUGGACCUCCUUCAGUAGUCCCAGUACACAAGGUACAACCUGAGGAGCCACCUCAACCUAAAAAAGUAUUUGUGCCACCAGUUAAGCUUCCACCACCCCCAGAGCCUGCUGAUGAUCCAAAGUCACGGCCUUAUGCAAGGAAAUUCAAGACACCUCUCAUGCUUGCAGAGGAAAAAUAUCGCCAGCAAAGAGAGGAAGCUGAAAAGAACAAGACAGGGUCAACUCCAACAUCUCCUAUUAACACACCAUUUCAGUCUGUAGCUGGUGUGACCAAAGUGGAGUCCACCACAGAGAAACUUGCACAAUCACAAAUUACACCUGAAAUGCAACAGAAACAGCCUAAGGAACCAGAACCUGAAAAGAAGCCAGCAGUGGUGCCUACAGUGCCAGAGCCUGUAAAGAAGCCGGUCAUGUCAGCACAAGAAAGGCCUGCAAAACCAAUUUCCUCAAAAGUGGCUCAGCCCUCACCAACAGAAAAGGUACCUGCAAGCUUUCAGCUGAGCAAGCCUUCCUUUCCCAAAGUCAGUAAGAAAGCCAGCACUGAGUCAGCUAGUGUUGCUUCAGAUAAAAAGCAGACCUCUACUACUAUCGGCAAGGCCACAGCCGAGAUCAAAGUUCAGCCAACAUCCGCAGCAACUGAACACUUUGAAAAUGUAAAGUCAAGCUCUCACACUAGCAUCUCCAAGCAAGACCAUGCUCAAUCUAUGCAGCAAUCCUCAACAUCUGUUCAGUGUCAGGCCAGUGUCUCUGCAAAAGCAGAAGAAAUGGUAACUGAUGAAACAAAGAAGGUUUCCUCACAGCCUACGAAGAUCCCAAAAGUCACCCAAAGCUUCAAAGUUAAAACGUUUAAGGUGCCCACAGAAGUGAAGCAGGAGGAAAAGAAAGAGUCAGUCCAGAAAGAGCAGAUGGCUGUGGAGGAUGUAAGAAGUGCACAGCAUGUAUCUCAGGUUUGUGCAGGUCAAGUGUGCUCCCAAAUGACUACUGGCCUUAAAGAAAAAGUAGUUAAAGUGGAGAAACAAGAACAAGGGGAGCAAACCGCCAAGGAUGCCAAAGUGGAGAUACAGCUGAAAACACCCCAGAAAAAAAUAAAGAAGGAGAUCAGGCAACCACCGCCUGUGGCACCUAGACCAUCAGUGGAGAUACAUCAUGUGUUACCAUCCGUGUCUAUGGAAGUUCAUCACCAAGGGUCAGGUCAGACAACAGUUAUUCAGUCUCAGCAGGCUAUUAAGGAGGAGAAUGUUGUGGUACACAAAGAAAAAGUGGUCACUCAGAGCACAGUUCAGCAGCAAAGUAUUCAACAAAAGGGAAAGUUUCAGAUCAAGAAGCAAAUUAAGAGUCCGGCAAGUGGCGAGGAGGCCAUUAAACACAUUCAGAAGGGGCCUAGCCAAAUGAAAGAAACACAGAAAUCAGAACUGAAUGUGACUGCAUCAGAGACAUCCGAUUUUCAGAAGUAUGAGGAAAUGUACAAACUGCUGAGUCAUAUCAGGGAGAUGCAAGAAAAAGUCGUCAAAACAGAUGCAAAGUCAGUCAAGAUAAUGCUGAGUAUGAUCCCUGACUGGUUAGUAGGAGCUGAGGAAAAGGCAGAAUUAAUCCGUGCACAGUUCAAUAAGCAAAAACUUCAGGAGAUCAUCGUCUAUGUGAGGAACCUUGCUCAAGCAAAACUUGUUUUUUUAGAGGGAAAUUUAGCUGCACUGGGCAAGUCAGAGAGUGCAGUAGAGGAGAAGAAGACAAUCAGUGGAACAUCACAGAAAAUAUCUAAAAUAAGCAUUGGUUCUGCUAAAGUGGAGACUCAGAAAAGGGUUGCGGAGAAAACGGUUCAAGAGCUAAGCGAGUCAAAGUUUACAGACUCCAAAACAAUGCCUCCAGAGCUUAGAAUGAGAACUCCGUCUCCCACAUAUAUUUGCAUUGAGACGGCUCGGAGGACAGACUCUCCUUUGGUAGUAACCCCCUCUCCUCCACCACCCUACAGAUCAGGUGCAACCCCAACACCCCCACCUCGUUGCACAGACACCCCCACAAGUUUUAACCGAGCUACUCCCUCUCCAACCAUGAGUCACUCUGAGAAGUUGGCCAAACUGAGAGAUACAACUGCCAAGCUUUCCCUUGGUACAACUCCUCCUCCCAUGCCUUUGCCCGAGCAUAUAAUGAAGGUGCAAGGUGAAAUGGAGGAGUUGCGCUCAUCCAGCCGCCAAGAGUUUGCUAUUGAGACCCAUAUGUCGGAGUCAUCCACACUUGAGUCAUCUAUGGAGAUCCAUGGUGACUCCAUGAUGACUGUGAAAGACAAGCGAGAGUUUUUUGAGGAGGCUCAAAGGGCGGAGUUGAAUCCUCAUUACAUACGGAAGGAUCCCAUUGAUAUCCCAGAGCGGCUGGAGCCAGACACAGAGGAGACAGAGAUCCCUAUAGACGUCCAUGAGAGGAUGAAGGAUGAUCUGCCCAGGGUUGACCUGUCCAAACUUGUCAAUAAGUUUGAGUCCCCACAGCCCAAAGUCUAUGUUAGGAGAGAGCCCAUUGUAAUUCCUGAAAGACUAGGCAGCGAUACAGAGGAUGCUGAGGCUGAACCACAGAAAAAACCUUCCGAACUAGAGGAGAUUCCUACUUUUGAUAUUAAGGCCCUGAAGAAUGUGUUUGAAAUGGGUGAGCAGGCCCACCAGUAUCUCAGAGAGGAGAGAAAGAACCUAGAAAAACAGGAGGAAUCUGCUGAACCCACAGGUUUCUCAGAGACACAAUCUGUUACAGAGCACUACUCCACUGUUGAUGACUUUGGAAACUCAAUAACUGGGUCAAGGAGCGAGAUUACAUCUCAUUCUCAGAGUGUGACAACACGCCGUGAUCCUCCAACAUAUGCAGAUGUGGUGCGAGGAAAGGUUCCUGUUCUUGAUGUACCACCUGAGGCCUCAGCGGAGCAACUUCUGAAGAGCUUCCAGCAGACAUGGGCAGAGAGUGAGAAUGUCUUCAAGAACUUAGGAUUUGGAAUCUCAGGACAGCAUACCUCACAGACUGUAUCGCACCAGCAGCAGAGUGUUGUCACUGAAAAUAAGAGUGCCAGAGUCCGAACUGUGUCGGGCAUGUCGGAAGAGGGUGUAUCCCAUGGAGUCUCUCGUAGCGGACAAACAAAACUUUCAUAAAACCUGUUUCAGGUGUGCCCACUGUAACAGCCAACUCAGCCUGGGAAACUAUGCUUCUCUCCAUGGACGAAUGUACUGCAAACCCCACUACAAACAGCUCUUCAAGUCCAAAGGAAACUAUGAUGAGGGAUUUGGGGAAAAGCCCCACAGGGAGCUUUGGAGCACAAAAAAUCAGAAGAACACCUCAGAAAAAGCUCAUGUUAAAAGUGUUCCUCCAGUCAAAGAUGAAACAAAAGCACACAUCUCAAAAGAAAAUGACUUAUUCCCAGCUGAGGAAGACUCAAGGAAGUUGGAUGAUAAUGCCAAAAAGCCAACAAGUAAGAUAGCAAUUGUUUGGCCACCUCAAACCCAAAG